UGCCUGCGCCCGCCGCGGAGCCCGCCAGUCCCGUCCGCCGCCGUCCGUCCCGCCAUGGCUGCGCGCCUGCUCCUCCGCUCCCUGCGCGUCCUGAGCGCCCGCUCGGCGCCACGCCCGCCGCCCUCCGCCCGAUGUUCUCAUUCUGGAGCAGAAGCACGUCUGGAAACUCCUUCUGCUAAAAAAUUAACUGAUAUUGGAAUCAGAAGAAUCUUUUCCUCGGAGCAUGACAUUUUCCGGGAGAGUGUAAGGAAGUUUUUCCAAGAGGAGGUGAUUCCUCACCACACAGAGUGGGAGAAAGCUGGAGAAGUGAGUAGAGAGGUCUGGGAAAAAGCCGGCAAGCAGGGCUUGCUUGGCAUCAACAUCGCAGAGAAGCAUGGCGGCAUUGGUGGGGACUUGCUUUCCACAGCAGUUACUUGGGAAGAGCAAGCGUACUCCAAUUGCACAGGCCCUGGCUUCAGCCUCCACUCAGAUAUUGUCAUGCCCUAUAUUGCGAAUUACGGUACAAAAGAACAGAUCGAGAAGUUCAUCCCGCAGAUGACGGCAGGCAAGUGUAUCGGUGCCAUAGCCAUGACAGAGCCUGGGGCUGGAAGUGACUUACAAGGAGUAAGAACGAACGCCAAAAGAUCCGGGAGUGAUUGGAUUCUCAACGGGAGCAAGGUGUUCAUCACUAAUGGCUGGUUAAGUGAUCUCGUGAUCGUCGUGGCCGUCACCAACCGUGAAGCUCGAUCGCCUGCCCAUGGCAUUAGCCUCUUUUUGGUGGAAAGCGGAAUGAAAGGAUUUAUCAAGGGCCGGAAGCUACAGAAGAUGGGAAUGAAAGCUCAGGACACAGCCGAACUAUUCUUUGAAGAUGUCCGAUUGCCAGCUAAUGCCUUACUUGGAGAAGAGAAUAAAGGCUUCUACUACCUCAUGCAAGAGCUCCCACAGGAAAGGCUCUUAAUUGCUGAGUUGGCAAUUUCUGCCUGUGAGUUCAUGUUUGAAGAAACCAGGAACUACGUGAAGCAAAGAAAAGCCUUUGGGAAAACAGUUGCACACAUACAGACUGUGCAGCAUAAACUAGCAGAAUUAAAGACAAACAUAUGUGUCACCAGAGCUUUUGUGGACAGCUGUCUACAGUUGCAUGAAACCAAACGUCUGGACUCCGGUUCCGCUUCCAUGGCAAAAUACUGGGCGUCUGAACUACAAAACACCGUGGCUUAUCAAUGUGUUCAGCUCCAUGGAGGCUGGGGAUACAUGUGGGAGUACCCAAUUGCAAAAGCUUACGUGGAUGCUCGGGUGCAGCCCAUCUAUGGUGGUACCAACGAAAUAAUGAAAGAGCUGAUCGCAAGGCAGAUCGUCAGUGACAGCUAGACAUCUGUCUACAUCCUGGAAUCCUAUUACAUACAGCUAAUCCGGAUUCAAAUCUACUUGAGAUAAAGUGUAACCUGGAACAGGGGGGAAAUGGUAAAGCUGGUUUUGUGUAUGAUUGUUACAGAGAAAGAAAUAAAAUAGAAUUCUAAAGAUUAACACAGGGAGAAAGAAAGAAAAUUUUGAGCCCAAGAGUCUAAAGUUUUGCCAUGAAAGGUGUCACCUUUCUUUAUGCAUAUACAGUGAAUAUAAACGAUUUUCUAACUCAAGAGCCUUUUAGUGUCUUACUUGUCUUUCAAAUUCUGAAGAGCAUAAGUUGCUUUCAUUCUUAAAGUUGAGGCAGAAUAUAAUCUUAUAACAUUAAUAGUACUUUCAAGACUUUGGAAAGGUCAAAUAAUUGUAACUUAUAUGAAGUCAUUUCAGCUACUUGGUUGCUCCAUAUUCCCCCAGGACAUUGGUUCCUACCAUGCUACCCCCAACCCCAAGUUUUUUUAAGUAAUGAACAGAACCCUUCAGAAAAAAAAAAACAAACAAACAAAAACCAGACUGUACUGUAUAUAAUGCACAUAGAGGCAAUUGUGUAUCAAUAUGAAAAAUAAAGUAAAACUAAAAGCA